AUGUUUGUACUCUCGAUAAUCAAGGAUACCGUCGCGGUACACCCAUCGCAUUUCGCCGCGCCACCACAACAGGCCAUAACGAAUGAGCUCAACAAAAAGUACUCCAAUCGCGUGCUGCACGAUGUCGGGCUGUGCGUAUGCGUGUUUGACCUCGCGGAAGUCGGCGAGGGGAAGGUGAGGUACGGAGAUGGGUUCUUGUGGUAUAAGGUGGUCUUCCGUCUAACCGUUUUUCGCCCGUUUCCAUCCGAGGUCAUCCUCGCGAAAGUCAAAUCUUCAGACGAAGACGGCAUCCGCUUGACUGUCGGGUUCUUCGAUGACAUGUAUAUUCCUUUAAUAUUCCUUCCCGAACCUUGUGCAUUCGAUCCAAAUGAACGAGCACACUUCUGGCUUCCAGGUUCGGAAGCCAAGUCCACACAUGAACUGCUCGACUCCCCCACGGCCGACCGCAUGUACAUCGAUGCAGGCGAGGUAGUCCGCGUACGCGUCGAGUCCGACGAGUUCUACGAUGACGAACCUGGGCCGCCGAAGGCGACGGAGGGCGUGCAGCAGGUGCCGGCUGAGCCUCGGAGACCGCCAUAUACCAUCACUUGCUCUAUAGCAGAGCAGGGCUUGGGUCCGGUCUCCUGGUGGAAAAAUGCGGGCAUCGAAGCGAUGGACGAGGGAUGA